AUGGCUUCCCAAAGAAAAUUUAGUUUUGCCAUUGACCGAGGAGGCACUUUUACCGACGUAUUCGCUAAAUGUCCUGGCGGAAAAAUCCGCGUUUUGAAAUUGCUUUCUGAAGAUCCUCAACACUACGACGAUGCCCCAACUGAAGGAAUCAGACGCAUUUUGCAAGAGGAAACUGGUCACGCUCUACUUGAAGAUGGGAACAUCGAUAGUUCAAUGAUAGAAUGGAUACGAAUGGGUACCACAGUUGCCACCAAUGCUCUUCUGGAACGGAAAGGCGAAAAAAUGGCAUUUGUCAUCAACAAAGGUUUCAGGGAUAUUUUACUGAUUGGCAAUCAAGCUAGACCCAAAAUUUUCGAUCUGAAUAUUAGAAGACCGGAAAUUCUCUACUCAGAAGUAGUGGAGGUAGAUUGCAGGAUAAUACCAGUGCUAGAAGGAAAAUGCAGAUUAGGAGAACUGGCGAAAAAUUGGCGGCAGGUUGAUGGAAAAACUGGGGAGAAAUUCUAUGUUACUAGGGAACUCGAUAGGGAAGAAAUUAGACGUAGUUUAAGGCAGAUAAAAGAGAAAGGAAUAGACAGCAUAUCUGUAGCACUUGCUCAUAGUUAUACUUAUUACGAUCAUGAAUUAGAAGUAGGAGAAAUCGCCAAAGAAAUAGGUUUUGGUCACGUGUCCCUAUCGCACCAAGUAAUUCCUAUGGUGCGUAUAGUGCCAAGAGGAUUCACUUCGUGUGCAGACGCUUAUUUGACUCCCCAUGUUAAGAGAUACGUGGAAAGCUUCUCCAAAGGCUUCAAAAAUCACUUGAAGGGAACGAGGGUGUUGUUCAUGCAGAGCGACGGAGGUUUGACACCAAUGAACAAUUUCAACGGUGCUAGAGCUAUUCUUUCUGGACCUGCUGGUGGAGUUGUUGGUUAUGCAGUGACCACAUGGCAAAAAGAAACAGAUCUUCCAGUUAUAGGGUUCGAUAUGGGAGGGACAUCAACAGAUGUAUCCAGGUUUUCUGGAAACUACGAACACGUAUAUGAGAGUACUACUGCAGGUGUAACUAUUCAGGCGCCACAACUCGAUGUCAACACUGUAGCAGCAGGAGGAGGAUCAAUGCUCUUUUUCAGAUCUGGAAUGUUUGUAGUAGGACCAGAAUCAGCUGGGGCACACCCUGGUCCAGUUUGUUAUAAAAAGGGUGGACCAUUAACAGUUACAGAUGGUAAUCUUGUAUUAGGAAGGCUGUUGCCUGAAUACUUCCCGAAAAUUUUCGGUCCAAACGAAGAUUCACCUCUAGACAAAGAACAAACUGUUAAAGAAUUUGAAAAACUCACUAUGGAGAUCAAUGAUUUUCUGAUGUCUCAAAACAACCAACAGAAAUCCAUGUCCAUCGAAGAAGUUGCUUUGGGAUUCGUUAAAGUCGCUAAUGAAGCUAUGUGUCGACCAAUCAGAGCCUUGACUCAGGCUAAAGGAUAUGACACUGCUCGUCAUGCAUUAGCAUGCUUCGGUGGUGCAGGAGGUCAACACGCUUGUGCUAUUGCCAGAUCGCUAGGAAUGACCACUGUUUUCGUCCAUAAAUAUGCAGGUAUACUUUCUGCAUAUGGAAUGGCUCUUGCUGACGUGGUCCACGAGUCUCAAGAACCUUGUGCCAAAACUUUUAGUGUGGAGAACUUUUCGUACUUUGAUGAGCGUCUGACGGAACUUGAAGAACAGUGCAAGAAUAAGCUGAAAGAGCAAGGUUUCGACGAUAAACAUAUCGUGCUGGAGCCUUAUCUGCACAUGAGGUAUGAUGGCACAGAUUGCGAUCUAAUGUGUGGGCCGACAGGACAUAGUGAAGAAGGCCCCCAACAUGGAGAUUUCCUUAAAUCAUUUGUGGAGCGUUAUCAAUCUGAAUUUGGAUUCGUUAUCCAGCAUAGAAGUGUCAUAAUAGACGAUAUCAGGGUCAGAGGAAUCGGAAAGAGCGACAUAGAUGAAGAACCUCUGAUAGAAACCUCUACUACUGAUCCUACGCCAGUUUCAACUAAACAGGUCUUUUUCGAGGAAGGAUACUUGGAUACCAAUAUCUACCUACUGAAAGACUUGAAAGCUUCUCAAGUUCUCAGAGGUCCGGCUAUUGUGAUGGACCAACUCAGCACAAUUUUAGUGGAACCAGAUUGUAUCGCUUCCAUAACCAAGUAUGGCGAUAUAAAGAUCACCAUCGGGUCUGGAAAAGUGAAAGAGAUCGGACCAGAGCUGGAUUCCAUUCAACUCAGUAUUUUCAGUCAUAGGUUUAUGAGCAUUGCUGAACAAAUGGGGAGAAUUCUUCAACGAACCUCUAUCUCCACAAACAUCAAAGAACGCCUAGAUUUCUCUUGUGCUCUCUUUGGUGCCGAUGGAGGUCUAGUAUCCAAUGCACCCCAUAUUCCAGUUCACUUGGGUGCCAUGCAAGAAGCAGUUCAGUACCAAAUGAAGACGAGGAAGGUCUUCAACGAAGGUGACGUCAUACUUUCCAACCACCCUGGCGCCGGAGGGUCGCAUUUGCCAGAUUUCACGGUCAUCACACCUGUCUUUUACAAAAACAUCCAUCAACCGAUUUUCUUCGUCGCCAGUCGAGGCCAUCAUGCUGACAUUGGAGGUAUCACUCCUGGUUCUAUGCCUCCUCAUUCUACAAGCCUGGAUGAGGAGGGAGCUGCUUUCAAAUCGUUUCUUUUGGUACACCGAGGCGAAUUCCAAGAAGCUGAGUUCUCAGAAGCCAUCAGGAAAGCCGGAGGAAGGAACCUGUCAGACAACAUAUCAGAUUUGCGAGCUCAAGUGGCUGCUAAUAAGAAAGGGAUUGAUCUAGUCAGCGAGCUGAUUGACCAAUAUGGUUUGCAUGUGGUGCAGGCCUACAUGAGCCAUAUCCAGACAAAUGCUGAGUUGUCUGUGAGAGAUAUGCUGAGAGAGGUAGCCAGGGAUACAAAGCAAAGGACGAAGGAGACAGUAUUGUAUGCUGAGGAGUUCAUGGAUGAUGGAUCUCCUAUCAGACUGAAGGUGUUGCUAGAUGAAAAAGAAGGAUCAGCCUACUGCGAUUUUAGCGGUACCGGUCCAGAGGUGUGGGGCAACUGCAAUGCGCCCAAAGCGAUAACUCUAUCCGCCCUGAUUUACUGCCUCAGAUGUAUGGUCGGCCACGACGUGCCUCUGAACCAGGGUUGCUUGGCCCCCGUUAAGAUCAACAUCCCCAAAGGAUCUAUUUUGGACCCCAGUGACAAUGCGGCUGUCGUCGGUGGAAACGUUCUGACGUCACAACGAGUGGUAGACGUCGUUUUGAAGGCUUUCAGGGUGUGUGCCGCGUCUCAGGGUUGCAUGAACAACAUCACUUUCGGAUGUGAGACAUGGGGGUCCUACGAAACGGUAGCAGGCGGCAGUGGCGCGGGCCCCACGUGGCACGGCUCUUCCGGCGUCCACACGCACAUGACCAACACGAGGAUCACCGACGUGGAGAUCGUGGAGCGCCGGUACCCGGUGCACGUGCGCCAGUUCAGGCUGCGCGAGGGCAGCGGCGGCGCCGGCCGGCACAGGGGCGGCGACGGGGUGCUGCGGGAGCUGCUGUUUCGGGCGCCGCUCACGCUCUCCGUGCUGACGGAGCGACGGGUGUUGCGCCCCUACGGCAUGGAAGGUGGCGAAGCGGGAGCCAGAGGCCUCAAUCUUCUGAUCAGAGCGGACGGUAGAGCUAUCAAUCUGGGCCCUAAGACCGCGGUUCCAGUCCAACCGGGGGAUGCGUUCAGACUGCACACGCCCGGAGGCGGCGGAUACGGCGUCGAGGCCGCGACAGAGACCGACGAAGAGGCGGCUGGAAGGGCCCCCCGUGGCCCCACGGCCUCUGGGGUGUUCCUCGAACGUGGCAGCGUUUUCGAGUACAGGCAGGCGCAAGAGAGCGUGUGA